CGUACGAAUGCGUGCAACUAAACCUCUCGGUUGCACAAUGACCUGCAUGACGGGGCGGCCUCGCUAGGGUCUGAUAGCGAGCGAGCCCCGAUAGGCUAUUUCUUGCGAUCAAGAAAAAGAACCACAUCAACCAUGACGGGAGACGAACGCGGGAGCGGGUCCCGCCAGAGGAAGAGAAUGUGCGGGUUCUGCAAUGUUUUUACGACCCUGGUCGUUUCCCUCCACCUCCUCCUCGCCCCCACCUCACCAGUCUCUGCCCGGUCCUGCCCCGGUCGCACCUACACGGUGAACGACUACAUUGAGGCGGACUGUGUCACCUACGAGGGCCAACUCCGGUUCGAGGGGAUCUGGGGCUUGAAGGAGAUCAACAUGCCGCGGCUAAAGCGCGUCCGCGGGGGGCUGUUCAUCGAAGACAACCCGGAUCUGGAGUCCAUCUACAUGCCACUUUUGGAGCGAGUGGACCACCGGUUGGAACGGUCCAUCAUCAUCCGGAACAACGGGCUGGGAUACAUAUUGACCACGACGCCCCCGCCGCAAGUCUACAAGACGACCACCGCGGCGCCCAGUACCACUUCAACCACCAGUACGUCGACAACGACGACGAGUCUGACGCUCUUCCCCAUGUUCCGGUCCCUCGGGCAGGUGUUCGGCGGCAAAAACGCGGAGAAACAUGCGAGGAUGUUGAGCGAGGAACAGAAAACUUCACCAGCAAGAACCAGUACGGGAAGUGAAAGAGAGACAAGUGAACAACAAGCGGGGCAUGCGCAUGAAGAUAUUGAUCCAACGCACUACCCAGAUGAAAAGAACAAUAAACCUGCAGACGGUGCUGGUCUUCAGCCUGGUCGUGAACAACAAGCUUCUUCCUCUCCUCGUGCUCUCACAACUACACAGAUGGGUUUCACCACGGCGGAAAAUCCGCUCGGGCAGUAUACCUACAGCACCCGGCGGUGGAUCACGCGGUCGAACCCGAUCGCGAACAGCAUGAAUUUUCCCCGAGUCACGUACAUCAGCAACAACAUCGAGAUCACGAACAACAUGAAGCUCCAGUACUUGUUAAUGGCGUAUGGGAAUUCCUUAAACCCGCUAGCAAACUACUUCAACACGCCACGAACCGGUCCGCCGAUCGACUGGCCGAGAGUCGGGGAGCGAGACGGAGACGGGAACUUGUUGACAACCGAAACGGCGGUUGUCGCCGGCCCCGGGCAAGUUCUGCUCGCGACGGCGGGGCCACCAACCCUUUCCGGUCCGAGUUUGGUGGUGUUUGAGUCGAAUUCCGAUGAUGGGAGCACAACGUUACCCCCGACAACGACCACGACCACCACCACAACGUUGGAGUUCGCUUUUAUCGGGGUCACCGCGCAGGACCGGACGUCGAUUAUUUUGCACAGCAAUCCCGAUUUAGUCUUCAUGAACAUUGGCGGGAAUGUCCGGGGGGAGGUGCAUAUUCGGGAAAACCCGGCGCUCCGCUCCAUGUCGAUGGACAUGAUGAACUCCAUCCGGAUGACGGUGUUCAUUCACGACAAUCCGGUACUGAACGGCAUCAAUUUCCCGGCUUUGACCGAAGUUUUGUCGACCGGGCUGCACUAUCAAAUGCAAAAAUGUCUGGGUCUGGAAACUUGUGAUGCUGGGUGGCGUAUCAUGAGGAGGCCACAAGUGCUCGCUCAGCAUGACAAGUUUCUGAGCUUCUAGAUGUUGCCUAUUCUGCAUGACAAACUGCGUUUCUACAUGACAGAAAAAUGGCGCUCUUGGGUAACGUGCAUGACAGAUUUGAGAGUCAUGCCAGACAAGCAUGACAAACAUGCACUCUUCCAGACCCAGACAUUUUUACACUUGAUAUGCACUCUUUGGUCUUGCGGGAUAACGGAAUUGCCUGUACCUACUCCGGCUUCAUGCGGUUCCCGUCGUUGCAACGGAUUUCCGGGAUGGUGACGAUCACGGGGAACCGGUGGUUUGGGGUCAUCGAAUUCCCCUCCCUGGUCGAAACGGGGCCCGUCCCGUCGGACGGAUACAGGCGGUUAGAGGAUGGACAUCAAAAAGCAGCGGUGGGGUCCGCAACUGAAACCAUCAGUGAGCGGAGACAAGAACAGCACACGACGCCACCCAAGAGCAAAAACAAAUCUUCGACCUCCAAGGUUGUAACUACUACCCGUGGUAGCAAAAAUGUUGACCGACAUAACCAUCCCAACUCCCUCGACAAUCGUCGUGGCGGGCAGAAGGUGCCGGAUUUGCUUUCUCCACCGGAUUGGCGGUCCGGUUUGAUGUCAGAGGGGGAAAAGGAGCAGCGCAGACUGAUGUUUUCCGAAAGAGAAGAGCUGGAGCUGGAAAAACACGCUGCACUAGAACGCGAAAAGUGGGACGCAGAAAUUGAAAUAGCGGAAAAUAAUGAGAAACAGUUAUUUGGUGGUCGUGUCAGGCAACUCACCACCGGCACGCCCUACACCACCGGGAAAGUGUCCGUCAAUUCCGUCACUAUCACGGAUAACCAGCGGUUGUACUACGUGAAAUACUCCGGGAUUCUCUACGGCAGCAUGCAGGUCUCCGCCCAGUCGGACUUGGUGAACAUCGAUUCGCCGGAUCUGCGCGAAAUCCGGGGCAUGCUGUGGAUCGAGAACAACGCGCAACUCGCGAGGGUUUCUCUAGCGAAUUUGCAAACGCUCGGCGACACCUUCGACUACAGCUUGAAAUUUGUCAGUAACGGGCAAGGCGCGCAGGAGCGGACCGGGUUUUUUCAAGCACAUGUUUUACGGUCGACAACCCGUGGGAUUGUGUUCGCGGAGAACCAAAACUUUGCGAGAUUGCAAUUUCCGCAAAUGCAAUCGACGGGGGAGACUUUGGGCUCAUCCGUUUUCGUUCAGAACAACAAGGACCUUUCCCUAUUGGAUUUCAACGGCGAGAUGGAGGGCAACGUGGUGAUUCAUAACAACCCAGAUGUCGAAUCCAUCCGGUUGGAGGGUCUUGCGAAGGUCAAGAACGACGGGAAUCUGUACUUCACGGACAACCAAGCGCUUCACACGGCGAAUUUGGUGCAGUUAGUGGAAUUGACCGGUGAUUUAGUCCUGGGUCGGAACGGCUUGCUCGCCCGCGCGCACGGAUCGGUCACCGCGCCGUUGUUGAAAUUAGUCGGAGGAAGGAUUCGGAUAGAACAAAAUUUCAAUUUGGGCAAUUUAGUUUUUCCGCAAUUAGAUUCCAUCGGGCAAGCGGAGGGGGAAUCUGUGGGGGUUUUUCAGAACGUGAAUUUCCAGUGCUGGAACAUUCUCUUCAACGCGUUGAGAUUCGUUGGCGGUUACAUUCAGUACAAGGACAAUUUCAUGCUGGACCAGAUGGAGUUUGAUUCCAUGGGGAACUUAUCAAGUGCAAAAAUGUCUGGGUCUGGAAAGAUCCGAACUUGUGAUGCGACUUCCACUACACGCGCAAAUCUCUCAUGCAUAGGCAGCAAGCGGUGCCCAUUUCCUGUCACCAAAAAGAUGGCUUUGUCAUGCGGAUUAAGCAUUGCGGAACGUUCUCAAAAUCUGUGAUGCUAGGGCUUCCAUGACAGACCUUCUGUGUCAUGCAGAAACAGCAUGACAAAAAUCUGCAUUCUUCCAGACCCAGACAUUUUUACAUUUGAUAGAACUGCGGCCCGGCGCAGGCGGAGCUCGGGUCCUACUGCCCCUCCGCAAGAUUCAUUUGCGCGGCGCGGCAUAUCCUGAGUAAAAACGUACCCACACCAGAGUUGUAAUGCAAAUCUGCAUGCUUAAAAUGUUUGUCAUGCGGAGCCCCAUGAGAAGCAUUUUCUAAGGGUGUUUUGAAAUUUGUCAUGCUCCAAUCAGCAUGAGAGACUAGAUCUGUAAUGCUGCUGAACUAGCUCAAACAGCACUGCACUACGCGUCCAAAUUUGUCAUGCGAAACAAGUAAAGUUGGCCGAUUUGUCUAGCAGAUUUUCCAUCUUGACUCUGGUGUGGGUACGUUUUUACUCAGGAUACGGCAGGUGCGGUACCCGCCGUACGAUCUCGGGAUUCCGGAGUUGAAGUUUUUGUCCCCUUUGGAGGUAACUCUGGAAGCGGACUUGACCGACCGGUUACUAUACGGCGUGCCACUGUUGAACGACGACAUGGCGCGGGUGUACGCGAAGUACUGCAAAGUGGACCCGAUCCAGGUGAAAAUUCUCUCCUACGCGAUCACGAAUCCAGCGUUAGUGCCAGGGAGUAUCUCCGGUGCGGCGCAAACAACGGUCGCGCCAGGAUCUAGUACGACACCGUCGAACGGAACUUCUUCUCUGCGGGAACUGCAACCCUACGACUACCCCAGCAACUACCCUGCAGUAGCUCUAAAUGGUGACCAACGCAGCUCGCAGCUCAAAGGCCGCCAACUCGGUCAGGUCGCACGGUUGCUGGGCGUCCGGGUGGAAGUGAUCACAACUAGUUCGAUCGAACUCCAACGGGUCUACAACCGGAUCGCCAGUUUCAGUCCGGCGACGUUUGCGGAUAUGACCGCGGAUUUAGUGAUUGAGCUCGCGACCCACAUGAACACGCUACAAAUCAUCUCGGUGGGGCGAAUCAACAUCACCAGUACAUUCGGCCUCGAAGGAAUCACCCAGCCGCCGAUCCCAGAGGGGACGUACUUGGACACAUCCGAUAUGGUGGAUUUGACCAAAGCACGGGAACGACCUGUCGACCCGGCGGACGCGGGCGCAACGGCCGAGAAGGAGACGGACUACACGUGGUUCAUUGUAAUUGGGUGUGUGGUUGCGUUCGGUUUGUUGGUUUUUCGGCUUUUCGUCUUCUUAACCAUGCAGUCCGCUUUACAGGCGAAUUUGUUGGAGCAGGAAAGGGAAAGAAUCGAGAGGGAAGAACGGGAGAAAUACGAGGAAGAAUACUACGCCCAGAAGGAGAUGGAAGCGAAAGCGAAGGACCACAUGCUCGUGCUGGGGUCGCAGUUGGUGAUGAACAACGACGAAAAACGGGAAGACUUGGAGUUCGGCGCGACAAUGGGUAGUUCCGCCGCGGAAAUGCAGAUGCUGAGCCAGAUGACAAGCAGUCCUUCGGCUUCGCAUAGUAAGCACAAGAUCGCGCCGAUGGCAAUUACCGACGGCUCGGCCGGUAUGGAAGCGUCAGGUUUGAAAUCGACAAAGUUGAAAUAAUUUGCCAUGCAUAAAAUGCAACUCAUAAAGUGCCUGUCUUGCAGAGUAGGCAAGCGAGGCAGACUGUAAGCCUGUGAAGGUGUAGAAAUAGAGCUGCUAAACUAGCAUGACAAAAGGCGUCUUCCUUACCCAAACAGCAUUACAAACUGGAUUUAGGCACCACCAAAAUUUGUCAUGCGUCACUUGGAAACUGGGUUCCCACUGGCAUCCAUUUUAUGCAUGACAAAUCAUUUCAACUUUGGCGAUUUCGAUCCUGACACAUCCAUAGCCGGUUUUGAUGGGAGUCCGACUGCGGCAUCCGGGACGUUGGCGAUUAUGGACCGGUCGUUUAUGCAGUCGACACAAUCAAAAAUGCCCCAGAUCUUCCGUUACGACGACGGAUCCCGAGUCGCCCCAGUGGAUUAUGGCGACGGGAUUGUCGUCGCGCCGGGCGUGCAGCCGUCGAAGCGGUACAUUGGCGGGAAGGUGAAAAUUACGCACAAGAAAAAAACGACGCGGGGGAAUCCGGAAGCGUACACGAAUUUCCUGCGGGAUAGGAUUCACAACGCGGACGAAACAAAUGUGUAUGAAGUGUGAUGAAACUACUACAACUGCGCUCGCUUUUGGUUUUGUCGUGGUUGAGUCACUGCUUGUUAUUCCGUUCAUCUAAUACUACACUAUUGCUUAUCAUAAACUCUAACUCAUCUGAAAAAGAACUUUUCGUUGAUAAAAAUGCCUACCGAAACGAAGUAGCAAUUGAUUGAUACCCUUAAGUUACCAUCUAAUAUCCAAAACAAUUCGAAACUCUGCAUCGGCUUUGAAAUACAUAACCUGUAGCUAUUUGAGAAGGACUUGAGAACACACUUCUGUUGAGACAAAAUGUACAUAGAAUGACUUGGAGUUGUUGGAGCUAAUUGUCCGCAAUGCACUGGC